AUGGCCGAUUACAACACUCUCUAUCAGCAGAACCUUUAUCUCUCUCCCGGCCAGCAAGACCUGUUGCUGGCUGCCCUCCAUUCGAAUAACCCAUCGCAGAAGCAGGACAAGAACGCCCCCACGGACGGCGUGCAGCCCAAGCGGGAGCCGGACACGACGAGUCCCCAGCAGCCACACUCCAACCAUUUCACCAUGCCACCCACGCUCUUCGAAUCUCCCGGUCAGGAAACCAUCGGCUCCGGCCAGUUGGGCUUCGAGGAGAGCCCCUUCCUCGACUUUGACCCGGAUGUCGAUUUCGAUUUUCAAGGCGCCGAUCAAUUGAUCGGCGAUCUACCGGAUUCCGUCUCCCCUGAGGAGCAAGAGCAUCGAGAGAAGAGAAAGAGCAUGGAUGGGAAAUCGGAGCCCGAGGAAGCGGGCAAGAAACGACGUGAGAGUGAUGAGAAGUCCGCGAAGAAGCCGGGCAGGAAGCCCCUCACAUCCGAGCCGACCUCUAAGCGCAAGGCUCAGAAUCGUGCCGCCCAGCGAGCGUUCCGCGAGCGCAAGGAAAAGCAUCUAAAGGACCUGGAAACCAAGGUAGAAAGCCUCGAGAAGGCUUCAGAGGCCACCAACCAUGAAAAUGGACUCCUGCGUGCGCAGGUGGAGCGCUUGCAGGUGGAACUGAGGGAAUACCGUAAGCGACUGUCCUGGAUCACGAGUGGGAAUGGCUAUUCGCCCAUGCAAGCCAUCCAGAACACACAUUUCAGGAAUCUCUCCGGAAUAAGCAACAACGACUUCUAUUUUGAUUUCCCCAAGUUCGGUGAUCUGCCGGGUGCGCAUAUCUUUAAUAACGGUUCGUUAGCCAAGGCUAACCCGAACGUGGCUAAAGAAAAUGGCUCUGCAGCAGGGCCAGCAUCAGAAUUCCGCACUGCACCAGGAGUCCUAGGUAGAGACUCUCUGGGGUCAGCAAGUAUCAGCGGAGCUUCUCCAAAAUUCGGGUCGCCCGCUCAGCCGUCCACGGCCCCUGGGAAGACAGCCACUGACAAGCUGAACGGCGCACGUCGUACAGGGAAUGAUUCCAGUAUGAAUAUGAAGGGCACUUAUGCCUCGGGUGCGGUGCGGAGCAAUAAUCCUGCUGCUAGCACCGCUGCCCCGAAACAGAAUACGGUCGGCUCGCAGGGCCAGGCGCCCGUCAGCUCCACCGUGUCUAAUUCAGAUUCUCCCUACUCAUCAUCAGAAUCUCAUCAGGGUCGCCUUUUGUCGUCCGGCGGGACCUCGCCGGAGCCGGGUUCGAAUUCUCCCCCGGUAGGAAAGCUGAAUGAGCAGGGACAACCGACGGAGGACCAGUGCGGCACCAUUGACGGUGAGAAAUCCUUCUGCGAAAAGCUUGGCCUGGCGUGCGGAAAUAUCAAGAACCCCAUACCUCCAGCGAUGAAUGGAACUAAUCGCUUGUCGCGUACGCCAGGCCAAUCUCAACCCUCUAAAGACCAGCAGCCUCUUGGACUCGACUGGCUCAGUCAACAGAACGGUGGCCAGUUCGAUCCAGUCUUGUUCGGUGACUACCGGGAUCCGCAGGAGGCGAUUCUGUCCCAGGACUUUGGCAACUUUUUCAAUGACGCUUUCCCGCUGCCCGACCUGGGCAGUCCGUUCCACAACUUCCCCGACGUCACCAGUCCGCCUGCACUGGGCCCCAAGAAAGAUCUCAUAUCGGAUAUCGAUAACAAGCUAGAUGAUGACGACGAGGUUGUUCCCGGUGAGGAUAAAUCACAGAUGAUGACUUGCACCAAGAUAUGGGAUCGCCUACAAUCCAUGGAGAAGUUCCGCAGUGGCGAAAUUGAUGUCGAUUCUCUCUGUACAGAGCUACGGACCAAGGCACGGUGUUCCGAAGGUGGUGUGGUUGUAAAUCAGAGGGAUGUGGAAGAUAUCAUGGGACGCGUGAACUAG